CGAGGGACUUCAUACAAUACAAUAGAGUAGUCCAGCUGUAGGUAUACCACUAAGAUAUUUUACUACAUCUAUAGUAUUUCAUGAUUCACAUUUAUUUCUCUCGGACGAGCUUGUAAAAUGAAAUCUCUCUUAUUUCGUACAAUAACAUUCUAAUCAAACUCGGAUGUUUUGUAGACAGGAUAAAGUCACUUACUUCUAGCUUUGUAGUUUGCCCAUUUUUCCUUUAGUUUAAUUUCAAGAUCACAUAUAUGUAACAAAAUAACACGAUUCCACUAAAGAUUUUACUACUACUAAGUUUUUUUUAAUGGGUGAUAUUAGAAUGGUAACCCCGUCUGCGCUAUUGGUAUCCGGUAGCGGGGCACUAGUAAGAAACGACGUAGAAGUUGAUAGGGUAUACUGCUAGCAAUGCGACUUAUAUGGUGGAAAAGGAUUAUUAAUAAUGCGGACUACUAGCCUUAUUACUAGAAAUAUACCCUCUCGGUCGACCUUCAUAUUGUCCCCCCUGGAAACCAUCCUGCUGAAUCCCAGGUGUAUUCAUCACGAUGAGCUAACUGACAUGCCUUUUCAAUCUCAUCUGUCAUCCCUCACUGGUGCCCGCCAGCGUAUACCGAUAGCGCAGGUGGGGUUACCAUUCCAUUAUCACCCAUUAAAAAAAUCCUUCACUGGUGCCCCGCUAGCGUGUACCGUUAACGCGGGAUUGCCAUUCUAUUAUCAUCCAUUAAAAAAAUAGAAGUACCUAAUAUUUCCAUUACUAACAAUCCCUUUUCUCCCAUACUAAGUAUUCAAUAACAAUAUUAUAUAAUUUAUUGUAUAUAAUUUAGUAACAUGUAUUGAUCUUUUGGUGUCAAGGGACGACUAUUUCGCUAAAUACCUAAAUCAUAAACUUAAUCCUGUAAUAUUAAAUAUAUACACCAAGGUCUCCAACAUGAUUUAUCUGAGGCUAGUUAAUAAUUUGUAGUGAACAUAGCAACAAUUUAUGCUACUGCAGUACAAGUUUACGUAAACUGUAGUGCACAUAACUUUUACUUGAAUUAUGCAUAGUAAAAAUAUUUUUUAUAAUCAAGUUACAUCGAGCUGAGAACACAGUUACUAUUAUAAUAUAUAUGUUGUAGGUAUUUAUUUUAUCAAUAGGUAAAAAUUCGAUUAUUGUUGUUAAUGAAAUGAAAAAGUGCUGAAAAUAUAAAUGUAUUAUUAUAAUAGACAACAAGGUGAAACAUUGAGAUUAACUACUCGUUAGUUGACUAUAUACAUACCUACUUUAUUUCACUGAAUAUAAAUUAAAUACUUUAUGGCGGCAUCUGAACAAGACUCACUAGAAUACUUGCCACUAGAAAAAUGGCCAGAACUUCAAGCUAUUUUUAUGGAUACUUGGCCUCGAGGAAUAUCUGCAUAUUAUGCACUGGAAACUCAAAAAGAAUGGAAACAAAUAGGAAUUGAUCAUGACUUUAAAGUUUACUGUCCGUUUGGCGAUAUGAGUAAUGGAAUGGUCGCAUUCAAUAAAAAAAGUACAUUUAAUGAAAUCAUUAUUCAAUGUCCGAAAGACGACACGAUACAGCUCGAAGAAGCUCUUAAAAGAACCAAGUUGAUAGACUGGAGCACAUCUAUUAUUGUGCCCUUUACACCAAGUCACAUUACGCAUUGCAUCGGAAAUAUUUUGGGAGAUGUAAACAUGAAAAUAGCCGGAAAGGAACGUCGACACGAAAUUUUUAUUCUCGACAAACGAAGUCCCCUUUAUGAAAACAUCAGUCUACAUGAAGGCAUAACCUUUAAACCUCUGUUAAAAGAUCACAUACAUUUAGUGGACUCGUCGUGGGUGAACCGUUACGAUAGUUCCGCUUGGUACAUAGACCUGUUAAUUACAAGUAAGUCGGGCUUCGGGCUGUUCAAAGGCGAUCAAUUAGCUUGCUGGCUUCUCGUCAACGAAGUCGGAGCCCUCACACACUUGUUCACCCUACCAGAACACAGAAAGAAAGGAUACGCAGAAACUCUGCUUAAGUUGGUUUGCAAUAAUAGAUUAAAAGACAAUAAAGACUCGUUUGCUUACUGUAUGACAGGAAACGUAAAUGCAUCCAAUUUGUAUAAUAAACUUGGAUUUGUUAAAUUCCAUACAGUUAUAUGGCGUUAUUUAUUACCAAGAACUGAACUCAAUUAAAACGAUUUGUAAGGGAUGAUUUUAUCCAGCUGUAUAAAAAGCUGUAUAUUCUUCUACGAGGAAUCAGAAUCGUUGGAACGUAGUCGACUGUGAUUCAUACGUAUCGUUACAACCAUUGCAUGUAGACAUAUUGCUGAAUAGCAAUAUCAUUUAUUUCCAUUUAAAUCAGCAGUAUUAUGCCUAUAUAAACUCACACAAACCCUAAAUCAGGCAAUCGUAAUUUACCUAACCAAAUUGCUACCCAGCCAUUGACCUGGUUUCUGCCCGCUGGUCUGGCUAAUAAAAUUAACUAGUUAGAUUUAUCAUCCGGGCUCAAUAAAACCCUGAACCAAAGAUCUCGAAUCAAGUUGACCUACAAAUAAGUUAAAAGUGCAAUGUAAAUUAAAUAAGUCAAUAAUAGAACAUUGUGUAAAAAUAUUAAAUAAAUAACUUUGGUCUGUGA